CAGAACGCAUGUAUACCAAUCGUAUGAGAUAUAAACCAACUUAUACACGACUGUGGAUAUAACAGACUCAUUAAAGCACCAUUUGUUUCAUCACUCGUUCCCCUUUUGUUUCUUCGGUGAUCUCCCGUGCUCAUGCACAACCGAGAAGUGGUGGUAUUCACACCACAACGUGGGUAACAAGAUAAAAACCCCCAGAGACUUUCUGAGAAGACGAGUCUACUGUGUUGCUUGCAAAAGUGACAGGAAGACUUCCUUCACAGCGUCUCGUACGUCGCUUUGAGUGUUUUCUUGUCACUAAAAUAAUAUUACAUUUUUUUUUCUCCUUGAUUUGAAUAUAAAAUAGUGCUUGGAAUCUCUAUUGAUUUGAAUCUAUCGUGAUUUUGUCAAGUAUCAAGUGAUAACAGAUUUUUUAAUCUAAAGAGAGAGAUUAGUGAAGAAGAAAGAAUAUUCAAUUUUAUUUAUUCGAUAUGAAAGCUACAAAUAUGAGUACUCUGGUGCCUUUCUCUGGAUCUUGGACUACACCUUUUUUGUUUUUAAGUACUUUUAUUGUUCUGGUGAUUCUUUUUGUCAAGAGGACGAAAUUUUUAUACUCUCUAAGAAAUGUUCCUUCACCAAUUGCCUUGCCAAUUAUUGGAAAUGCAGUUCAACUUAAUUGCAGUCUUGAAGAAUUUUUCAAGAAACUACUUGAAUGGGGUAAGCAAUUUGGGGACAUUUAUCUUCUCUGGUUGGGACCAAGACCUUUAGUAUUUGUUUAUCGAGUUGAAGGGGUUCAGCCACUACUCAGCAGCAGUAUUCAUAUUGAGAAGAGCUUGGAGUAUCAGUAUCUUAAACCUUGGCUUGGUGAUGGACUUGUUAAUAGCACAGGUAAUCAAUGGCAUUUUUUACGGAAACUUCUUACUCCAGCAUUCCACAGUGUAAUGCAACAGCAAUAUUUAAAGUCAGUAGCUCAUGAAUCAGCAACGAUGGUCUCGUGUUUGAAAGCUGAAGUGAAUAAUGUUUUCAACGUUGUUCCCUAUGCAAAACGAGCAGCUUUAGAUAUGAUUUGUGAAUGCAGCAUGGGAUAUCAUUUAAAUGCUCAACAAAAUUAUCAAAAUGAUUAUGUAAUAGCAGUGGAAAAAAUGACAGAAAUUAUCCAAACAAGAUUUACUAAUAUUUGGAUUUCUUUGGAUCCAAUCUUCCGACUGACUUCUUUAGGGAAAGAACAUGAGAAUGCACUCAAUGUUAUUCACAGUUUUGUUGAUAGUGUAAUAACCGAACGAAAAACACAAUGGAAAUCGAACCAUGACGAUAAUUUUAAUAAUCCAAUGAACACAAGGCAACAACCAUUACUUGAUCUCCUCCUCAAAUAUUCUCAAAAUGAUCUUGGUCUCACAGAUAUAGAUAUUAGGGAUCAAGUGAAUACUUUCAUGUUCGCUGGACAUGAUACAACUGCUACAAGUAUUUCUUGGGUCUUAUACUGCUUGGGUCGACAUCCAGAAUAUCAGGAAAAAAUCUUGGAUGAAUUUGAAGCAGUUAUUGGAUCAGAAGAACUAACUUUAGAUAAUUUAAGUAAACUCACUUGGCUGGAAGCUUGUAUUAAAGAAACAUGGAGGUUGUAUCCUGUGGUUCCAUUAAUUGCCCGACAAAUAUAUCAUCCAAUUAGAUUAAUGAAUAAUGAUAUUCCUAUUGGAUCAACAGUAUUAAUAAAUGUAUUUAUGCUUCAUCGAGAUCCCCGACAUUUUCCGGAUCCCGAAGAAUUCAAACCAGAACGUUUUUUACCAGAAAAUCCAAAACCACAAAGUUUCACAUACAUCCCGUUCAGUGCAGGCUCACGAAACUGUAUUGGAUGGAAAUUUGGAACGAUGGUGGUUAAAGCAUCAAUUCUCACACUCCUUAGAGCUUAUAAAAUUGAAGCUUUAGACAGCACGGAUCAAUUACGAUUAAUUUCUUCAGUAGUUCUUAUUAAUAGAGAUGGAAUUCGUCUCAAAAUUUCUCCAAGAGAAAGUAAAAUUCUAAAGCCAAAAUUAGAUGAAAGUAUUAGUAAUGAUUGUGAGCAAUUACCUGAAUGUGUCAAAACAAAAGAUGAUUGAAUGAUUUUAUUUAAGAUUAUAAAUAGUGUUACAAUUUAUAGAUUUUUAUAAAUAGAUGUUAAGUAGAUUUUCUAAAAUAUUCAAGAGAACAAUUUCUUGUAUUUGAUAAUCGUACUAUUAGCAAAUUUUUUACUUUAAUAUUCUUGUA